AAUGUGAGCAGAACUUCGUACACUGGGGAUCCGUUAGACGCUUACUCCUGUGUUCAUUAUCGUUGCUAUGAAUUGCCUUUAAUUGUUGUUCUAGAAGGCUUUCAGGCCUUUUUCGGCUGUGUGAGCGCGAACCAUGUUUGGUAAGCCAGCUUCACGAACGUUUUAUGCUGAACUCGAAGCGAAAGUUGCUAAAAUCAACUGGAAAUCUGUAGGGCUGUCGAGGGCUCUUCCGUAAUUUUUUGGUAGUUUCGAUAAAUAUUAACGCUCGUCGCUUUCGUCUGGAACUUUGAUUAGAUUUUCUGACGGAAGAAGACGUCGAGAAUCCAGCCGUUUCCGGUUGAACGCAGGAAAUGGUUGAAUUUUAUAUUCUUCCGUUGGACUGAUGACGGAAGUACUGAACAUGUUGAGCCAUCAAGAUAAUCGCCCAGGUGCUGCAGAUUGUGUCGGGCGGGAAUCGGAUGCCUUCGAUCCAUUCUCGGAAAUCGUUGCUCUUAGGGAUCACAAUUAUUCCGGACCCAGGCUAUCGUCACUAGGUUCACCUUUAACAAGUAGUUUAGAUCCAAAGGAUUCCGAAAAAGAAGACAUGUCUAUAGAUCGUUCAUCGCACGAGCUGAAGUACGGCGAUAGAAGUUUGCGUAUCGUCCGAGCGGAGGUUCCGCGGCGCAGUGAACGAACUUCACGAUCAUCAUCCUCGUCAUCAUCUUCUUCCUCUUCUUCACGGUCGUCCUCUUCUUCGUCUUCGUCAUCUUCCUCCUCGUCCUCCUCCACCAGCGGCAGCGAGGAACGGGCUCGCAGAAAGAAACCUUCGCCUCCUCGAUUUACACCAGCAGGAAAACCUGAAGAGCCUGUUGUAACUGAUAUAGUUAAGCCUCAACGCGACGUAGGAUUGCCGGAAACUGAUCCUGAGUAUUCAGAAUCUGUGACAAGAUGUAUAUGCGGGUAUGAACAUGAUGACGGCUACAUGAUCUGUUGUGACAAGUGCACCGUUUGGCAGCACGUCGUUUGUGUUGGCUUGCGUGGUACGGACAUACCAGACAAUUAUUUCUGCGAACUAUGUAAUCCCCGUGCCUUGGAUGUUCGUGCUGCACGACGAUUCCAAGCCAAAAGACGCGUUGAACUAGGCUUGAUUGGGCUUCUUCCUCCUGUGAAGCGAUCAGAUGCGCGCGAAGAAUCCAACCCUCCCUCGCCUGAUGGAAAGCGUGUGAAACAGCGCAGAUUUUCAGAGGGUAAAAGUGCCAAAGUUAUCCAGAAAGAGCGAAGGAAUGCGUCUGACGGAGACAAAGACGGGAUCUCGCUGAAGAAAUCCAAAGAAAGAAAGCAACGCGGCGUCAGUCGCGAACGUGAACGGAAAGCUUCCGGAAAGAAGUUCAGAUCAGUCGAAAGGCCGAAACGGGAUACCUCGGGUUCAAAGCCGGAUUCUCAUAAAAUUCGGCGUAAUUCCAAGUCGACUAGACGAUCUGGUCGAAUAAUGAGAGAUGGCGAUGCCGAUCGUAAGGAGGCUGUAUUCGCCGAAUCUACGAAGUCUCAGAAGAAUCGUGUUGCCUCGCCAAUCGUAGGCCCGGAAAAACCCCCCGUGGUAACAAAUCAUCCAGCGAAGCACAUCGAUGCAGUAAAAGUGAAAGACAAAGAAAACUAUUUGGAGGUUGAGCGUACUCGAAAAACUAGUGGCACCGGUGUGGAUGAUUGUGUGGAAGCGUUGACGAAUCAUUACAGUCCUGAACUUCGUGCUCAGUUGGGAAAGUUGAAACUGAAUGGCUUGAAGAAGUGCGUCACGGAGGAUAUGUUGAAAACCGCGUCGAAGUUUGAUAUGCCGCGGUGCGCGACGCAGCUGAUGGCGCCGAGGCAGAAGGGAUUGGUUGCUUCUGAACUGCUUCAUGCUGAAGAAAUCGUUGGAGAAUACCGUGGGAUGUUCACACUGUUGGCCUCGUUCCGAUCUCGGCACCCUGAAGCGAUUUUCAAAUAUCUGCCGUACGUGUUGCACUUGGUCCUGCCGGCGGGUGCUUGUAGUGGUGGUGGUGCACGACCCGAAGUACACGUUUGCGUGGACGCCAUGUCGUAUGGAUCGAUGGCUAGAUACGUUCGAAGAUCCUGUCAUCCAAAUUCCGAGAUUCGACCCUGUGUGGAGAAAGGAACACUGAGGAUCUACAUUGUUACACUCGUGAAAAUUGAAGCCGGGGAAGAGAUCACGGUAGCCAGUGAUCCGUCCAGACCAUCGGAUUUCGUGAAAGCCCCGUGUGCGCGAUGUGGCAAGCGAAGCGAAUGCCCGGCCAUUCCCAAUCACCCGCGGUCGCUUCCCGCCAUCCCGGUUCCCGUCCGCAUAGACCGGAACGCCAACGAAGACGACAAAGAGGACUUCGAGAUUAACGGGAAAGCCGAGCUCAUACAGGCAAAGAAGAAAGUCGUGGAAAAAGAACGAGAUGAGUCGAAGGUUAUCAAAACCGAGUGCGUCAAAAGAAUUGAGAAACCACGGACUCUCAUCAUGGCUACGAUCGACUCCGUUGCAAUGCCUGUGUCGAGCGUCAAAGAGAACUCCCUGGAGGUCGAAAAGAGCAAAAUAUCCGUGUGUCACAAAAGCCCGACUCGUGCUAGUCCAUCAAAGUCGCCCAAACGCCGACCCAGCGGCAUGCUCGAAUUUUUCGACCUGCCUUCCUCGAGCGAAUCAAAAAUGUCGCGAGAAGAGCGUAAAAUUCACGCUAUAAUGAAGCAGUUCGAGAAGAUGGAGGAGAAAAAGGUUCGCGCUGCUCACAAACGCGACCAGCACGGGAGUCCGCGUAAGUUGUCGGAGAGGACGAAUGCCUCGUCCCGAGACGAAUUAGACGGAAUCAUGGUCGGAAAGAAGAAGAGAAAGAAUAGUCAGCGACGAUUGGCAGGACGUCACAAGCGUGUGCGGACGUCGAGUGGACCGGCGUCUGGACAGGAUGACGAAUCCACGAAGCCGAGAAUGAUGGACUGGUCCAUCAAACGGCCUGACGACGAUGGUGACGGUGACGAGUUGGAUGAUGAUGACGAAGACUUGACGAUCGGUUCACCGAAGGAACGGUCUUUGUCACCUGAAAAUCGCUCCGGGCAAUCGAAAGAGGACUGGGGAGGACCUCGAUUGAGAAGACGGAAGCGGGGCUUGGGUCAAGUCCCCCAGCGUCUCCUUCGCCAGCCUGCAUCGAAAGCGAAAGGUAGCGUGAAUGCCCCUACAGUGACCGCAGCAUUCCCGACCCCAGCGGGUACUCCAGUUGCUGCAACUGUGAAUGCCGCCGCAGCAACCGGUACUUCAGCAAAGAAAAGAUGGCUUAGGCAAGCCAUGAGUGCGGAAGUGGACGAUUCGUCCAACUCCGUACCCGCUCCGUGUCCCUCGCCAAAUGGCGGUGGAAGUUCCGGAACUGGACAGCAAUCUCCCGUGUCCGGUUCAGAGCUGCAAUGUCCUUUGAAGAAGAGAAUUCGUCUUAUGGAAUCACCAUCCCCAAACUCAACCCCCCAUCAUCAAGAAUCGUUAACCGCAUCGCCGCAGCCAUGGGGAAGUCCUCCGAGUUCAGCAGACGCCGCUUUGGCGGCCAUGAAGGCGGACUUUUCUUCUUCGGAAGAUAAUGACGAUUGCCUUGUGCUGUUCCCAGAGGUACCUGAAAGAAACGAGAAGCCAGUCGAGGCCGAGGAAGACACCGUUCCAGCAGCGCCAGUCAUUAGUUCAAAACCCGAAAAAUCCAACGCUUUGUCAAUCACGGAAAUGUUCUUGCUGAAAACGAGUAAAAAAGCUGCGGUGGUGAAGGAGGCGGCUGUAAAACACGUUGAAGCUCGUCCGGUAGCUGAACCGAAACCAGAGUCGGAGACCAAACCUGAUGUGAACCGCGCCGUCAAGUCGUUGCGCAAACCCAAGGAAUCUAAGCCGUUGAGCUGCACGGAAAUGCUGACCCGAGUCAUGGCGUCCAAGUUUUUGAAAUCUGCUGAAUCAGAGCUGACGGUGAAUGUGACAACAAAGUCGGAAGUCACGAAGCUGGAUGUUUCAAAACCGCCGACCUCACCGCCUAAGAAAAAGAUAACGAUAAGCGAAUACAUGAAAAAGAGGCUGCCGAAUACAACAGCUGUGACGAAUGACGUGGAUUCAAAAAGGAAAUGCCGGUCAGGGGCGAGCAGUGUUCCUCCGGACACGGGAUCCUUGAUUUCGGUCGACGAUGAAAUCCGGUCUCUUCCGUACAAGCCUACGCUUACCCCGUUUCCUUUUCAAGAUUUUCAUGGACUUCUGAAAUUCACAAAUUCUCUCGGAGAAGCGAAAGCUGAAAUGGGAACACCGACGGCAAAGAAGAAAUCUCCCAGCAGUGACGGCACAACGGAGUCGAAAAAGUCGACUUUGAUGGAGCGGUUACUCGGCAGCAGUGGUACGUCGCCCACUGAGCAAGUCAAUGACGAGUCGAGCAGCAUGUCGAAGCAACUCCGCCAGCAAGUGUCCAGUUCCCUGGAACCCUGUAUGUCGGGAGUUGUUGUGCGCAAGAUGCUUGGCCUCGAAACCCUCGGCGAACCUGAGCCCGUGUCAGACUUGGGGCUCAUCAAGUCGGGAAGGAGCAGCAGUAUACCGCCUUCAUUAGAGCCAGUGUCGGCGUCGUGUAGCCCCUUGCUGGAGCAGAAUUCAUCUGGUCUAGUCGGAAAGGCGUCGCCUUCGGGGGACGUUAGACCUGUUCCUGGCGUCAAUAAGGAUUGUCGAGUGCCUUGCGAGGCGGGUUAUUCUGGAUGUCCGAAGGAAGUUGCUGCCAAGCUGAAGGUCGCAGACGCCUUCCAGACAGCUGUUCGAGACGUUCUCCGAAGUUCCUCGGUCCCUCAGACGGGACCCGUUGACCAGGAAGCGGAAAUGUUUUCUUCGCUGAAGAAGCUUAGCGAGCGUUUGAACAGCAUCUACAGUCAAGAACCCUCUCUGAGCAGCCUCAAGGAUCAACUGGGCUCCUACCUGAACUCGGAGCAGAGCCGGCGGACCACCAACGAAUCCCUCGCUGACGUACUUUCUUGGCCGCCGGAUCAACCUUCGACCUCUGCUGGAAUCGCGUCGAAACCGCGAUAAAGUUGUUUUCCUUCUAUGGCUGUUCUCUCUUUCGAAGGAAGAAGAAAAAAAUUAAGGUAGUUUCUUGCUGUUCCAAGCAUUUUGCCUGAUUGCUGGUCAGUUCCUUUCAGCAGCCUCGGGUGCACGGUGCCAGUCUGCGUGUAUGAAAUGAUUUCCUGUGAUGCUUGCGUCAAAAUUUUGCGUAAAUCGGAACGGCUUUUCCUUCCACCUGCGUAAUGCCGAUUCACCACCUGGUCAAAUAUUUACCGCAUUGGGAAACCGUGUGUGAAUCGAGGAAAUGACUUUUUUUUCGAUAUCCACACAGAUUUCCUCUGGGAGAAAUUAUGUACUCCUGAUCUCCUCUGAUGUUAUUGAGACUUACAAUUCGUAGUUUCCAAUCGCUUCAAAUUCCGCAGAAUCGUGUGUUUUCAAGUGAAGAUGAAUUGCAAUUUUUCCCGCAGGUGGUGUUAUCCAAUUCGCGCUCUUCGUGCAAUUUUUUUUCUUUUGUGAUCAGUAUUCCGUUCAUUCAAAGUUUUAUUCCUUGUCAUUUUGAGGCGCACACCAACGAUCUGUAAAAUGCUUGAAACAGUGAAAUGACACCCGGGAAUUUUUUUUUUUUUUUUAACUCGGGGGAACGAGUUGAGUUUUCUGCGUUAUUCAGUCACCGGAAAGUACAAGAUCCGAUUUAUAUUUUUUACAGCGCGGCUAUGGUCCCACGGUUUUGUUUUGGUUGAAGCCCUGUUGAAUUUGUGUUUUUAAUCCCUUUUAAGGAUACAUACGAGUUUAGCUUUCACGGUAUGUUGAAAGAAUGUUUGCUAUCCUUGCAUUGUUGCCUUCUUCUCAAAGUGGGUGUCAUGAAACGACAAAGGAGUGUCCAGAGCCCAAGUUUCCUGGGCUGGGCAGGUUUUCGAGGCUAUUUCAGUGUGGGUUUAACCUUGAGUGACUGAUCAGCAUGUUUACACGGGGAAUAAAAGUGCAUAACCUGGGAAAUUUAAUCGCGUAAAUUGUAAAAAAAAAAUGGAAUCGGGCGUUGCGAAAGUGCGUGUAAACUUUGUAGUUCUUAGACUCGGGUGGUGAAUUUAAAUUCUUUGCAUUUCCCCGUCUGAGUUCCAUCUAGAUAAACGUCUGUUUUUCGAAGCUACGCUUGUUUCGAAUUAAUAAUUGUGGAUUUUUUCCUUCCUGAGCGGGUUACAUUAUUGAAGAAUAGCAGAAAAGUCUUGAAGUUUUUUUUUUCCUCUUCUGUUGUGGAUCUCGAAAUUCCUUGUUUUCGUCGUUGAGUUUUUCUUUGCAAUCCAUUUCGUUCCAGAACUUGCUGAGAAUGUGUUCUUUUCCUUUUUUUUUUUAAAUAAGUGGAUAAUAUUUUGGGAACUCGAUAGGCAUCCAUGGAGACUUAAUUUUUUUAGGAAAGGUUUUUAAAAGAGGUUCGAGCGUGAGAGAAGGCAGUUUUUUUAAGCUCGACCGGAUGCUUUAUGUUCAAAGCAUUUAUUAAGUUUAGGGCAUAUUUUUUCUUGUUUUCAGUCGUCGUACUGAAGAUAAGCUAGGCGGAAAAGUCGAGUUUUUUUUUUCAGCGGAAUGCGCUUAACUAUGCCGCAGAAUCGACUUUUUUCAUCAUUCGGAAAUUAAGGGACGCGUGUGUCGGGUUCUCAUUUUUUUUUGUCGGAAUCGGCGGGCGACGAAGCGAAACAAAAACGUCAUGUAUUUUCUAUGAAAACGA